CAUCUAUGUUUCAUCAAUUAAUAUAAAAUAUGUAGUUGCUGUAGCCAUCAACUCCUUUUCUUUUAAUCCUGAAGUUUCUUACUUUUGAAAAAUUCAGAAGCAAAGACAUGUUCUUGUGCCGUCUCAACUUGGUUUCUUUUUAAACCAUUCUUGAAUUCCUGUGAUGACAGCAUAUGUACAACAUACAAUAUUAAAAGGUGUGUCACCUUUUCCUUGUCGACUUGAUUUGCCAUUUUCCACAAUAAAUUUAGGAAAAUUGACAAAUCAAGAAUGUCUAUGAUAAUAUAAGAUUGGACAGUAGUAGCCCUCUUCUAAUCAUAGCUUUCACGAGAUGGCAAUCUCACUUGUUACAUUUUUGAUAAUCACUUCACAAAUUCUCACCUUUUCUGCUGCUUCUCAGUUUGUUAACAACACUGCUGUUACUGACUUCCGAUCAUCAGCGGACUCACCAUCAUCGUGUGAGGCGUACAUUACAUAUCGCUUUAGGCCACCUUAUGCCAACCUUGGAAGUAUAUCCGAUCUGUUUGGCACGAGCAGGUUAGAGAUAGCAGCAGCCACUAAUCUAACGUCGGAGGAUGCUCCACUGGUUCCGAAUCAGCUGUUGCUGGUGCCAAUCACUUGCACUUCAAACGGGACGCACUAUUUCUCCAACGUUACAUACAAGAUAAAGAAGGACGACAACUUAUACUCCGUUCAAGUGAAGGCUUUCCAGAAUCUAACCGACUAUCAUUUGGUUGAAAACACGAACCGGGAGUUGAAUCCUACCAACUUGACGAUAGGGGAGGAAGUCGUGUUUCCUUUAUUCUGCAAGUGCCCUGGAGAGUCUUAUAAAGGAAAGGGAAUUCAGUUCCUCACUACUUAUGUAUGGCAGCCAGGCGACGACGUAGAGACUGUGAGUGCUAUGUUUCAGACAGCAGCUUCAGAUAUUGAGACAGCAAACAACAACAGAAAUUUCACUGCUGCAGUCUGUCUUCCUGUGCUGAUUCCAGAGAAGACGCCGGUCCUUGUGCAACCUUUUCCCACUUCAGCUUCGCGUGGUAAAUCCAAACGCCAACGGAUUCUGAUAGCUAGCUCAAGUGCUCUGGCUUUGAUAGUUUUAGCAGGUUUUGCAGCAUUCUUUUUUAUAUCACUCAAGAAAAAGAAGAUGUUGGAUCAAAAUAGUCCAUCUCUUCUGGAGACGUCGGAUCAUUUUGCGAUUUAUCAAGCCUCCAAAGACGAGAAGUUAAAGGCCAAGACGGGACAGGACAAGCUGCUCCCGGGAGUAUCAGGCUAUCUUGGCAAGCCAAUAGUGUAUGAUCUGAAUGUGAUUCUGAAGGCAACUAUGAACCUGAGUGAACGGUACAGAAUUGGAGGGUCGGUCUACAAGGCCACGAUCAACGACCAGGUUCUUGCUGUGAAGAAAACACGAGAUGCAACGGAAGAAGUCCAAAUACUACAGAGAGUGAAUCAUGCAAACUUGGUGAAGUUAAUGGGAGUCUCCUCUGAUAAUGCUGGUAACUUAUUCAUAGCCUAUGAGUACGUCGAGAAUGGAUCGUUGGACAACUGGCUCUCCCUGAAUGCUCCAGCCUCAGCCAAAUCCCUUGUUUGGAGUCAAAGACUGGUUAUAGCUCUAGAUGUUGCCAACGGUCUACACUACAUGCACGAGCAUACUCAACCGAGCAUCGUCCACAAGGAUGUCCGUACGAGCAACAUACUCCUCGACUCCAACUUCAGAGCAAAGAUAUCCAAUCUAUCUUUAGCCAGGAGAGCUACUUCUCCCAUCAUGCUAAACAUUGAUGUGUUCUCUUUUGGGGUGGUGCUCCUGGAGCUGCUCUCGGGAAAGAAAGUUGUGGAAACGAAGGAUGAUGGCGAAGUCGUGAUGCUGUGGAAGGACGUGAAGGGAGUGUUGGAUGUUGAAGAUCAAAGGAAGGAGAGGCUAAGAAGAUGGAUGGAUCCGUAUUUGGAAAGCUUCUACCCUAUUGACGACGCGCUAAGCUUGGCGACGUUGGCUAGAGCUUGUACGUCGGAGAAUUCCAUGGAGAGACCGACGAUGGGGGAGGUCGUCUUCAAUCUUAGUGUCCUCACUCAGUCAUCUCCUCAAAUGAGUGAAACAUCUUGGGUUUCCAAGUUUGAAACAGAGGAGAUCUCCCCUGUUAUCACUCCAGUCGAAGCUCGAUGAAAGCUUUGGUUUUAGCUUGUUGGUCCAUUUUACAGUUUAAUGCGAAUCAAGUUUGAUAUCUCUUUUUGUUAAUGUUGGUAUCACAAGGAAUGAAUACAUACCGUUGCUACCAACAGAUUUUUCUUUUGAAGC